AUGUUGGACGAAUUAUCAUACAAGGUUUUAACUAAUCUAGAGACGAGUUAUGAAAGAAAACAACCGUUGGGGUCAAAAUUGAUCGAUAGGUAUACUUUAACCAUUGACCAAUCAACUGUUGCCCAACAAUCAUAUUUUGAACAAAUCAUUCCCGCAAUCAAUCGAAUAUUGAUGAAUUCAGAAGCUCAUGUAAUUGAUCCUGAUAAUGUGUUAAUUCGAUUAUUACCGGAAAUUUUAAGCCAUUUAAGUUUUGAACAAAUUUUGAUGUAUUAUCCCAAUGAUUUCAUUUUACACUUUUUAUUUGAGGAAAAAUUAGAGAAUGUCAGUGUAAUAUGUCUUGAAGUUAUUUUAUUGAAUCUCCAAGAACCGGAAACAUUGCAGUUUUUACGUGACAAUAACGUGAUUAGUAGAUUGUUACGCGAGGUAUACUUUAAAAAGACCCCAAUUUCAGUAUUAAACAAGAUUGAACGUUUAAUUACCGUGUUAAAUGGUAUUGAAGAAAUCAAUUUACUUGAACUGUGUCUCCCCAUUUUGAAGAAAAUUCGAGACCAGGGAAAUACUGUAUUAUUGUCACGUUAUUUGGAUUUGGUGAAUUUGUUAUUACGGUAUUUACCAGAAUUUUCACCUCAUUUGUACAGUUUUACCAAACAAGAAUUUUUGAAAUACCAGGAUGAUCCUUUAUUCUUGAUUUUAUUGAUUCAAUUUUAUGUGAAAUUGGUUAGAUUGAAAGCUCCAGUUGAUUUGAGUCUCCCAUUGAGUGAUAUAUUAUCAUUAUAUGAUAAGUUUGACUUGUUGGUUAAGAAUGAAGUAGUUGAACUUGUGGCACAAUUAUCAUUCACUCAAUCAUAUACUGAUAUACUUUUCAAGAGUCAAAUUUUUAAAACUCAUAAUUUACUUGAAGUAUUUGAGAAAACUGAAAAUUCCGAUAUUCGAUUACUUAGCAAAGCUAAUCCUCAAGUUAUUUAUGAAUUGAAUAAUUCAAUUUAUCCUGAUGUAUUGGCUCAUUUAAAUUUAUUUACUAAUAAUUUAUAUUUCCCCAUUUUGUUAAAUUUCAUGAGUUCAACGACAAUAUUUUAUCAAUUGAAAUUACAUUUAAAUAAUGAAAAAUUAUCACAAUUACCAAUGGAUAAAUUGUUUAAAUUAUUAUUGGAAAUGUCGACUCAUAAUCAUAGUAAAGAACAUUUAUUUAAUAAUUUGCCUACUAUUAUGUCUACGAAUUUAUUAGAAACUGAAGAUCUUAGAAAUAACGAAUUAUGGAAUUUAAAAUUGGAAAUUUUACAAAACUUGUUAAAUGAUGAUUCGGUACCAGGAUUUGAAUUUUGGCAUCAAGAAUUGACGAGAAAUUACGAAUUGAUGACAUUUGGUAGAGUUUUUCGUAAUGCUGCUCCAAGAGUUGAUAUUAUUGAUGAAACUGCCUAG